GUUGGCAGCAGUGGAAAUUUGUCAAUCUGUGGCAUCAAUUUAUUUUGAUUGACGUUUCGUAAAAUGAUUUAUUUUUGUAUCGAAAACCUGCUCUUCGAUUUAUCUAAAUAAGUUUACUCAGACGCACGGAGUAUUAAUUUUGUUAAUUAGUCUUCCAUAAGAGUAUCUACAAUGAUCAUAUCGCGGUCUAAGCACCGCUCUUCGGUGGAAGUGUGUGCGGAUUGCGGUGCAUCAGAUCCGUCAUGGGCUUCGAUAAACCGUGGGCUGCUGCUGUGUGCUGAAUGCUGUAGUGUUCACCGUAGUAUGGGAAGACACAUCUCCCAUGUUAAAUCCCUGCGUCAGGGGUCCUGGCCACCGUCACUGUUAGCUAUGGUGCAAGCACUGACAGCUCAGAACGUGAACUGCAUCUGGGAACAUUCCUUACUGGACACUUCAGCCCCAAAACACCUUCGCAAGAAACCUCAACCUAAAGACCCAUUACACCCUGUAAAGUCAGAGUUCAUUCUUGCAAAGCACUUAAGGCUGGCAUAUGUGCUGAGAGCUAGAAGAGAUGAGCCACCUAGUGAGCUUGGCAGACAGUUGCACAGUGCUGUCAGGAGCUCCUCAUUAGACACAGCAAUGAGGCUUUUGGCACAAGGAGCUGAUCCUAACUACUACAAUCAGGAAAAGGGUACAACUUGUCUCCAUGUGGCCUGUCGAGCUGGUCAACCAGCCCAGGCUGAGUUACUGGUAGCUUGGGGAGCUGAGCCCACUGCACGCGACCACUCUGGGAACAUGCCUGCUGACUGCGCCAGGCAGGGCGGUCACACAGAGCUAGCAGAUCGUAUGACAGAACUAGUGUAUGAGGCUACCGACCGUAUGAUAUACUUCCUGACGGGUGAGAAACCAGACCAUGCGUCCGGGAGACACUACAUAGUGCCACGGGCGCACGACACGCAUGAGAUGACUGAUGUCGCGAAGGCCGCGAGGGGCAAGCUGCAGUUGCUUCCAAAUCAUCUAUUUGAAGAGCUUGUUAUGGACAUAUACGACGAAAUCGACCGCAGAGAAACAGAAGCCAUCUGGCAGACUAGUGCGACGGGUUUAGAGAGGUCAGGCGUGGUGUUCCUGCCAGUGAACCCCGCCCUGUCAGCGCCCCGCAACCAGGGUAGGCAGAAACUAGCCAGACUGUCCACUGCAGAGAUGGCCACCUUACUAAGAGACGUACUCGUAGACGCUACUAGAAGACAACAUAUUGCCACGUUACAGCCGCGAGCUCCCACAACCUUGAUGAAUCCCCUACUGUCAGCGAGUCACUUGAAGCACUUCUCGCAGAUGUCUGAUGACGAGCCUCUAUACGACUCAGUAGCCUCCGACGAAGACUACGCUGCUUUAGCACCUAUAGACUUGGAUUUAUCGAGUGUGGUGCCUCGUGCGGGUGAGACAGUAUCCUCGACAUACAACCCGUCCCUGCCCCUCGAUCACUCCUCCAUCAUGGACAUACGCCGCACUCAGUCUCCCAGCAACUUCACACACUCCGCUAUACCCGAACAAACCACGGAAAUAGAAACAUUGAAGAAGGAAAUACACACUAAAGACUCCACCAUCACCGAACUCAAGAACCAACUGAAGAGCUUACAAACUAUUGUGGAACAACUCACCAAGGAAAACAGUGUUCUUAAAACAACUAGUAGCGUAGAUGAUGAUCAGAGCAUGACGUCACAGAUGUCGAUAAACGACAGCUCUAGUAACGCUUUAGAGUCGUCUAAAGCGCAAGAGAGAGGCAAAAGUCUCGAGACCGAGCAUUUCACCCGGGCGGAGGAAGUCGAUGGCAAGUUGUCGUUGAAACCUGCGCAGCGACCGGUCAGUAUGUAUGAGACUAGAGAGGGACCAAAGAAUAACUGGCAGGUUACUAAACACCAGCUGACGACGCUAUCGAGCCUGGAGAGGUCGCUGUCUCCGCUGUCGCUGGGCGCGGAGGGGCCGGAGGACGCGAGCGCGCUGCCGCCGGCGGAGCUGGUGCAGCGGCGCGCGGAGCACGUGACGCGCGCCAUCUCCGAGCUGUGGGCCGCCGCGCGCGACCAGCACCCGCGCCUGCAGCAGCGCGGGGACUCCAUACGACACGCCGUGCGGGCGCUACUCGCACUCUUCCCACAGACGAACACGGACGCGGAGCUGUCCCUGGUGCUGGGCGAGCUCCGCGCGGCGUGCUCGGAGGUGUCGCUGGCGUGCUCGGCGCCGUCGCCGCUGAACGAGGUCCGCGCGGCGGCCUACGACCUGGCGAAGGCGACCAAACUACUCGUCACACACUUCCAGCCCGACUCAUAGCGAUCGCCUCUCUGCUACUACACCACCGUGUAGGGCUCAAGACUCAGUAUUCUUCAACAUAGUGUAUAAGUGAACUCAGUGUUCGUGCUAUUAUUUUUGUGCUACGGUUAUACAAACAAGUGAUUAGAGUAUUCUAUUAACUAGUAGUGUGACGUCAUCACUGGAUCGUCGGCUAGUGUUCAUUUGCAUACGAGGUGCUGAAUUAGUUCUGAAAGUAAACUGCAUUUGGAGCAUUUUUGAGAGUUCAAGACAGAAUCAAUCCAUGCCUGCGUUAGAUUGUAGCGAACAAAGUCAAGUAUUUGACUAAUAUUUCUAGUUAUAAAAUUGAAAGUUUAAAGUAAUUUGUUAGAUGAUCAGUUGUCUUCCUUUAAGUCGGUUGUAUAUCGCAGCUCAAUGUCACCGCAGCUAGGAAAAACCACAAUGUAAUUGUAAGUAUGCGUGGCAAAUCACAAAUUCGUUAUUAAAAAAGACUAACUUUUUGAGUUUUCAUGUUUAUAAUAAUAAAUUAUUAUUAAAUGCUUGAAAAUUAUUGUGGAGUGUAACGCGACAGUUACAAAUAAUGCAAUAUAAAGUAAUUAAUGUAUAAGAUAUAAUUAUACUAAUGAUUUAAUAAUAAGUAAAGAUCAAGAGAUAGUGAUCAUUGCGUGGAUCGGCGGUAUAUUCACGCUAAAGUCGAUAUAAGUAGUUACAAAACUCGAGGCUAGCCCGUGAUACUAUAUAGUGUUUCUUAUACACAAACAAUGAGAUAAUUCACGUCUUUGAUUGACCUACUAUAUAAAGUUUUAUAAUAAUUGUAAAACAAAUAAAUGGACAGUAUAUUUAUAAUAAAUAAUUAUAUGAUCUCGAGAACUGACAAAAUACAAUUAAUAUGCAAAUUAUUGAAUGUUGAAACGUCAAGUCUUGCAAAGAAGACAUAAAGCAAAAAAAUUGACUAAUAAUAAUUAGUAAUACUUAAUGACAGAAUAUUACAAAACGCUUUAUGCUUUUGAUGUUUUCUUAUAUGUAUUUAUGUAUAAAUGUGGCGCUUAUUAGCUAGAACAAAUAUAUCAAAAUAUGUACAAUCUUGUUAAAUUAUCCUCAACGGAAAUGUGUCAUUUCGAUAUUAAUUAUUAUACUAGGCGUGUAGCAAACGGUGUUAGUGAAGUAUUGUAAUAAGUAAGUAUCGCGAUAUACAUAAAGGAAGGAAGUAAAUAAGUGUCAGUAUAGCAUUUCGUUAUAAUAAGUGACAAGGUAUUAGACGCAUAUAUUGUUGUGCCGUGCUUACUCGACUGCGUUGCCUAUCUAUGAAUAUUUAAUAUAUUUUUUGUUAAUCAUGCAUUAGUCGAAACGACUGAAAUUGCGCACUAAAUAAAAGAAUUAAACGCAUAAUUAGCUGAUUAGCGACCUGGAGUUUCUUUGUCUGUAGUGUGUUACAGCGCAGUCGAGUGGUUGUUAUAGAACGUACCACGAUGUGAUCAUUAAGUGGUGAAC